AUGUCAGACAACAUACCAUUCGAAAUCCAAACGGAAAUCAUCAAAAGACUUCCCGUCAUAUCGUUGAUUCAAUUCCGAACCGUCUCCAAACCCUGGAAGUCUCUCAUCGACAGCUCUCCUUUCAUAAACCAUUAUAACACCCAAAACACACAGAAGCAACGUCUCCUUCUAACGUACGAUGACCCACUUGAUUCAGAGAAAAAAUAUGUUUCAAUUGCUGAUGACGACGACACGUUCCCCCACCAGAAGCUCUCCUACUCUUUUCCCCUGUUGGCUAAGCAACUUCAACAUUCUUCCAUAAUUGGUACCUCACACGGGUUGGUAUGUUUGUACGGAUCUGAUGCUUCUGGAAAGGACAUGGCUGUUGUUUGUAAUCUUUCUAUUAGGAAAGCUGUUGGUGUUAUUGUGCCUAAUCUGCCAAGUGGGACUACAUACGGAAUAGUUGUAGGUUUUGGGGUUUGUGGUGAGACUAAUGACCCUAAGAUAGUCAAGAUUACCUAUAUUAUUGAUAGGUGGAUCGAUAUAGAAAGUGUAAGUAGCAUCCCGUGGCAGGUUGAGGUUUUUACAUUGAGCACGGGGGCUUGGAGAGCUCCGUAUAGCAACAGUCUCCCUAGUAGAUCAUUUCACUUUAAUAUGGAUUCGGUAGUCAUAGACGGAGUUCUUUAUUGGCUUGCUCUUGAUGGGAUUAAUACGGGUCGUGGUCGUAUUUAUUAUAACCUGAUUGUUACAUUUGAUUUGACAAGUGAAGAAUUUGGAGAACUACAUCUCCCGGACAGUUUAGCCAACGCGGAUGAUUAUAAUUUGUCCAUCUCUAAGCUAAGCAAGUCUCUUGUUGUGAUUAAAACCUUUAUGAAUGAUGCAGGUUUUGGUGUAUGGGUGAUGCUAGAUAGUGUCCCAAAGUCAUUUGUAAGGAUAUUCACUGUUAAAUCGCCAGAUUUAUCUGUCAUGGGAUUUAGGAAGAACGGUGAACCUAUAAUUGAAAGUGUAGAACAUCAUCCUGGACAGCGUGAUCGUUCAGUGCUUGUUGUGUUUGACCCCGAUUCAAAAGACAUCAAUGAUUUUGAGAUUAAUGCAUCCGCCCAUUCAUUUUGUGUGUAUCCUCACAUUGAAACACUACUUCUGCUUGAUCAACCAGAAUUUGUUAUUUAUGACCAAGGUAAAGCUACAUUGCAAAGCGGAGAGCUAAAAGCAUAA